AGAAUAUUGUCUAAAAAUGUCCAAUUUGGUUAAGAAAAUACGCAGUAUUUUAUACACACAGCCGCAAAGCGACUCGAAAAGCAUUUCCAAUGAGAGUUUUAGCUCAGGUCAAGAAUCGAAUUCGCGCAAAUGCAAUACACUGCCGCGUAACUACAGUCUGUCGCAUAAGUCGACGGUCAAACGGCGUGCGAGUGUCUCGAGAUUAUGGAAUCGCAUCGUCUCGAAUUUCGAGUCAUCCGACGGCGGACUGUUUUACACAGAUACGGUAAAUGGUGCCGGUGGCGAAUAUAUAAAGCAUCCAGUUCUAUAUGAGCUCAGUCAUAAAUAUGGCUUCACAGAGAAUCUGCCCGAGAGCUGUAUGUCCAUACGGCUCGAGGAGAUCAAAGAGGCCAUACGCCGUGAGAUUCGCAAGGAGCUGAAGAUCAAAGAGGGCGCCGAAAAGUUACGCGAGGUGGCCAAGGAUCGUCGCUCGCUCAGCGAUGUUGCCGUUCUGGUCAAGAAGAGCAAAAGUAAAUUGGCCGAACUGAAAUCGGAAUUGCAGGAGCUCGAAAGUCAAAUACUGCUUACAUCGGCCAACACGGCGGUCAAUAGCAAUGGUCAAGAAUCGAUUGCCUUCAGCCUUGAUGGCAACGGCCCUGCCCAGCUGGCGGGCGCUGUCGGCGGCUUGGGCAUGAACAAUGCGAUGGCUGGCGGCGGUGCACCGGCUACGGCCAAUGACAAGGUGCUCGCCUCGCUGGAGAAACAGCUGCAGAUCGAGAUGAAGGUGAAAACGGGCGCCGAGAAUAUGAUCCAAUCGCUGGGCAUUGGCUGCGACAAGAAACUGCUCGCCGAGGCACACCAAAUGCUGGCGGACUCCAAGGCCAAGAUUGAGUUCUUGCGCUUGCGCAUCAUCAAAGUCAAACAGAAUCGCGAGCAGGCCGAUCGCCUGAAGGCCGCGCGCCAGCUGACCGACGAGCAUGGCGCUCUGAUAGCGGGCAUGGGCUCUGGCAGCGGCAUUGGCUGCAUGCAGCCCCAGAGCCUGGAGACGACGCUGGAGGAGCGCAUCGAGGAGUUGCGUCAUCGGCUGCGCAUCGAGGCGGCUGUUGUGGAUGGAGCCAAGAAUGUCAUACGCACGCUGCAGACGAAUCGUGCGCCAGACAAGAAGGCGCUGCAGGAGGCACACGGCCGUCUGUCGGAAUCGUCGCGUAAACUUGAUCUCUUGCGCUACUCCUUGGAUCUGCGUCGCCAGGAGUUGCCUCCUGACUCGCCCACCGCCCAGCUGCUCAAGCAGGAGCUGCAAAUCGUGCAGCAAUCGACGUCGCCGGCGCCCGUGCAUUAUACAUCGCUGCAGUCGGGUCCGGGCGGGCUGCUUGGGGGGAAAUCGUAUCAGUCUGUGUCGUCGCUGGGCCGGUGUGCGAGCGUCACGGGCAAGCUGGAGGUGCGUCUGAUGGGCUGUCAGGAUCUGCUGGAGGAUGUGCCCGGUCGUUCGCGGCGUGACAAAGACAACAGCUCUAGUCCGGGCGAUUUGCGCAGCUUUGUUAAGGGCGUCACGUCGCGCAGCAGCUCCAAGAGCUAUUCGGUCAAGGAUGAGACAUCGUUUGAGAUCAUGGCUGUCAUCAAGCUGGACAACAUUACGGUGGGCCAGACCUCGUGGAAGCCAUGCUCGCAGCAGGCCUGGGACCAGCGUUUCUCCAUCGAUCUAGAUCGCUCCCGGGAGCUAGAGAUUGGCGUCUAUUGGCGUGACUGGCGUUCGCUGUGCGCCGUCAAGGUGCUGCGCCUCGAGGAGUUCAUUGACGAUGUGCGCCAUGGCAUGGCACUGCAGCUGGAGCCGCAGGGCCUGCUCUUCGCCGAGGUCAAGUUUCUGAAUCCGAUGAUCUCGCAGAAGCCGAAACUGCGACGCCAGCGCAUGAUCUUCAAUCGGCAGCAGGCGAAGAACAUCUCGCGUGCCAAGCAAAUGAACAUCAAUGUCGCCACCUGGGGACGCUUGCUCAAGCGCAAUGCGCCCAAUCAUGUGCAUUUGGGUGCGGGCAGCAAUGCGGCUGCCUCCACAACUUCGAUGGCUGUGGGACGCGGCUCCUCGCCGCUGCCCAGCGCCGCCUCGCGGGGCUCCGAGUCGCCCAUAUCGCGCACACCCUCCUCCGAUGCGCUGGCCGUCGAACCGGAACCCUACUCGCCGGGCGAACAGGCACAGAACAUGGAAUACGAUCCGGAUGCGGGCAUGCACGAGCAUGUGGAGACGCCCGGUGAAUAUCCGGAUCCUGCAGCCAGUGGGUUGAGUGGACUGCGUCCGCUCUCCAUGCACAUGCAGGGCAUCAGUGUGCUGCCACCAGAGACGCCGCCGCCGGCGUCGCAGCAGCCAGUUGCCAGCAGCGCAGCUCAAGCCGGCGGCAGACCCAAUUCGCUCAGCCUACAGAUGCCUGGCAAAACGCCGCCGGGACGCACAGCCGCGCCCACUACGGCACCACCGCCGCCGCCUGUGCUGAAGUCGGUGACACCUGUGCUCGACCAGGAGUUGCAGGAUGCAUUGCAUGAAUUUGACUUCCUUUCCGAAAUGGAAUCAUAUCCAAAUACGCUGCGCCGCCCGCUGCCCAAGGAGCAGCGACACCUCGAACCGGAUCCGUUCGAGCUGGAGCAGGAGCAGCACCUGAAACGCAUGGCCACGCUCCGUAUCAUGCAGAUAGAGACCGUAAUGCCCCUGCAAGAGUCGCCGCCAGCAACACCCGAUACACAAAUUAACAACCGCAACAGCAUCAACAACAUUUGCCUUGAAGCCCCAGCUCCAGCUCCAGCUCCAGCUCCAGCUCCAGCUCAAGCUUCAUCUCCAUCUCCAUCUGCAGCUGAGCAGAGGCUAAGCGCAAGCGUUGAGCUCACCUCCUUAACAAUACGCAACCCGUUUCAGUUCCAGCAGCCGAUCGAGAAGCCAGCAGACAGACAGUCGCCAGCUGCGCCAUCGGCGGUGGAGCAGCAAUUGCAUCGUCCCGUCCUGACGCUGCCGCCGGUGGUGCUCGUUGGCGGCGGGGCCAAUGAUGAGGAGCAUCCAAUGCUGGUCACUUGCUCCUCGUCAUCGCCGCUGGUUGAGUAUCCCGAGGAUGAUGAUGAGUAUUUGUACGGCGGCGGGCUGCAGCCCGGCUCCAGAUGCAGUUCCAGUGCCGGUGAUCGUUUCUGUGUGGAGGCCAAGAUCAAUGUUGUACAUAUAACCUUCGAACCCAUUGAGACAGCAGCAACACCCAGCAGCAACAGCAACAGUAACAGCAACAACAACAGCAGCAGCAGCCUUAUAGAGGAGGCAGCCAUCGAGAGUGUUUUAAUAACUAAUGUAGAGUCUGUUCAAGAGCUCGAUGAGGUCAUACCGCAGCUAGGCAAGCUCUAUGUGGGCACUCAGCAGCAGCCGCAGUUGCCCUAUGCGGUGCAAUCAUCGCCCAUCAUACAGGAGCCACCGACGCCCACAAUUUAUGGCAAUAGCACCACUGCUGCACCACAAUUCCCGCAGCCGACGCAGCGACAAACACAGGACAAGCAGCAGCAGCAGCAGCAACAACAGCAACAGCCGAUCUAUGCCAAUCAAUAUGAGCUGAAUGUGGCCAAGGCGACGACAGCGGGCGCUGCCGCCAGCAGCGGUGGCCGACGAAAUGUGGCACGUGGCUUGCAGUACCGUGAGCCGGCUGGCUACGAGGCGCUGCGUGCCGCACAGCCACCACCCAAUCCCGGCAUGCUGUCCAUCGACAACUUCCGGCUGCUGAGCGUGCUCGGACGCGGACACUUCGGUAAGGUGAUAUUGUCGCAGCUGCGCAGCAACAAUCAGUACUAUGCGAUCAAGGCCCUGAAGAAGGGCGACAUCAUUGCCAGGGACGAGGUGGAGUCGCUGCUCAGCGAGAAGCGCAUCUUUGAGGUGGCCAAUGCGAUGCAUCAUCCGUUCUUAGUCAAUUUGUAUUCAUGCUUCCAAACGGAGCAACACGUGUGCUUUGUCAUGGAAUACGCCGCCGGCGGUGAUCUGAUGAUGCACAUCCAUACGGAUGUGUUCCUGGAGCCGCGCGCCGUGUUCUAUGCCGCCUGUGUGGUGCUGGGUCUGCAGUAUCUGCACGAGAACAAGAUCAUCUAUCGGGAUCUGAAGCUGGAUAAUUUGCUGCUCGAUACGGAAGGCUAUGUGAAGAUCGCCGACUUUGGGCUGUGCAAGGAGGGCAUGGGCUUUGGCGAUCGCACGGGCACCUUCUGUGGCACACCAGAAUUUCUGGCACCCGAGGUGCUGACAGAGACGUCGUACACACGCGCUGUCGACUGGUGGGGAUUGGGUGUGCUCAUAUUUGAGAUGCUCGUUGGAGAGUCUCCUUUCCCUGGCGACGAUGAGGAGGAGGUCUUCGACUCAAUUGUUAAUGAUGAGGUGCGCUAUCCGCGCUUCCUCUCACUGGAGGCCAUUGCCGUUAUGCGACGGCUGCUGCGCAAGAAUCCGGAACGACGUCUGGGCUCAUCCGAGCGCGAUGCUGAGGAUGUCAAGAAGCAAGCGUUCUUCCGCUCCAUUGUUUGGGAUGAUCUGCUGCUGCGCAAAGUCAAGCCACCGUUUGUGCCAACCAUCAACCAUUUGGAAGAUGUCUCGAACUUUGAUGAGGAAUUCACGUCGGAGAAGGCGCAGCUGACGCCGCCAAAGGAGCCGCGACACUUGACCGAUGAGGAGCAAUUGCUAUUCCAGGACUUUUCAUACACGGCCGACUGGUGUUAAA